AUGAAACGCGUGGUCGGCCGUUAUUCCCUUGCCAACUCGAACUUAGAUGAGAGUGAACUUCCUGAGUUUGAACCUUCUUCUGAUGUUUGGAAUCCAAGAGGAACCCCGGAUGAAGCAACGCAAGCUGCGAGUCUCUCUGCGUUGAGCGUUGACAUGCGUGUGACAGAGAACAAGGCCGAGCACAUCACAGACAAAUACAACAACUCCAACCUCAUCGUGCGCAGGGGUAAAGAAUUCACCAUCAUCAUUAAAUUUGACCGCGCCUUCGACGAAGAGCAGGACAACGUGGAGAUGGAAUUCCUGAUUGGUAGUGCCCCUAAUGAAAACAAGGGCACCUACAUCAUCGUGUCCAUCGGAAAAGAGAAACGUGAUGUCAGCUGGAAGUGUCGUGUGGUAAACAUCGAGGGAAAAGACGUGACGGUGGGCAUCACGCCGGACCCCAAGUGCAUCGUGGGCCGCUUCCGCACUUUUGUGGCUGUUGUGAGUGGUUUAGGAAAACAGCGCACCCCGAGAAACACUGACACUGACGUUUAUGUGCUGUUCAAUCCUUGGGACCCUGCGGAUCAGGUGUACAUGGAAAAAGAAGAAGACAGGCAGGAGUAUGUCCUGAAUGAUGUGGGGGUCAUCUACAACGGAGAAUUUAACAAUGUGACCGUCCGCUCAUGGAACUAUGGGCAGUUUGAACAAGGAGUUCUGGAUGCCUGCCUUCUGGUUCUGGAUACUGCCAAAGUACCGCUAGUAUUUCGUGGAAAUGCGACUGAAGUAGUCCGGCAGGGCUCAGCUCUGAUGAACGCUCAGGAUGAUGAUGGUGUUCUGGUUGGAAACUGGAGUGGAGAGUACUCCACUGGCACAUCUCCCACUGCCUGGACCGGAAGUACUGAAAUCCUGCUCAAAUAUGCCAGCGAGGGAGCUUCACCUGUUGCUUUUGCCCAAUGCUGGGUAUUUGCCGGUGUACUGAACACUUUUUUGCGCUGUCUGGGGUUACCGGCGAGGGUCAUCACCAACUUCUGCUCUGCUCACGACAACACGGGCAACCUGAAGACAGACAUAGAGCUGGAUGAAGACGGUAAAGUGGACAAAGGAAAAACAAGAGAUUCAAUCUGGUGA